AUGGCCAUCUCUGGUGCCGUGGAGAGCAGGAUCAUCGAGCUGGAGCGUCAGAUCGAAUGGGAGAGAAAGGAGAAAGAGGAGCUGCGAGCCAAGUACGUCAGCAAUCUCGAGGAGAUGGAGAGAAAGCAUCAGAAGAAGAUCAAGGAGAUGAAGAAGGAGAUGCAGCAGCUGAGGUUGCAGCUCAAAGAGAGCAACAAGCGAGUGCGGGUGCUGGAGGGCGGCCUCGGUGAGAUGAAGAAGCUCCAUCAAGACGAGAUGAACGAUCUUCGAAAGGAGAUGAACAAGAUGGUGGCAAGAGAGCGGCGCAAACAACACCGCCUUCUCUGCGGAUCGGUUGGGUACAAUUACAUAAGGGCCGCAAUCGAAUACGUCUUCCACAAUCGACACGACCUUGAUCAGUUGAUGGAACGACUGCACAGCAUCGAGGGCAUCCGAGCCGAGAUGGGCGAGGCCGACGAGGCGCGAUGGAGGGAGUUCGAGAGGACCUACUACUCUCCCAUGUACGACGACGUCCUAAGGAGGCUGACGAGAGAUCGGGUCGACAUCGCGCAUCCUACAACGGAGGACGACGACGAGGAUAGCGAGGUCGUUGCCCCCAAGAGGAUGCAGGAGAUCAUCGCGGAUGUCUACAAGCAAAAGGACAAUCGGUCCCUGCGCGACAGUGCGGUGAAGCUGGUUCACUCUCUGGACAUUCUGCGCCGUGCGUUGGGUAGGGAGGAUCUGUUGGAGUGA